AUUGCGCGGGACACGACGAGUGCGACGGUAGUGGCGAGAAGCUUGGUUUGUUCAUUCGAAGAGCUUUGAGCAUGGACCAAGACAACAAUUCAGAGGAUGAGUCUGUGGGACCAGCAGAGGAUCCUUUAGAAGAUGCACCACCAUGCCUUCCUCCAGGACUUUCCGACAGCGAAGCGAUGGAGUUGCUAUGGCAGUAUCGAGCCCAGCGUCGGCAGUCGUCACCUGAGCUGCCAGAGACGGUGACCCGUCUUGUAUCCCCUGAUGGCAGUCUGCUGUACCUAGUGGGCACCGCCCACUUUAGUGACAGCAGCAAAAGGGAUGUGGCCACGACAAUCCGUGCUGUGCAGCCAGAUGUGGUAGUAGUGGAGUUGUGCCAGUACAGGGUGUCCAUGUUGAAGAUGGAUGAGAAUACAUUGCUAAAGGAAGCCAAAGACAUUAACCUGGAUAAGGUCCAGCAGGCCAUCAAGCAGAAUGGGUUGAUGUCUGGCCUGAUGCAGAUUCUCCUGCUCAAAGUUUCCGCUCACAUCACCGAGCAACUUGGCAUGGCUCCUGGAGGGGAGUUCCGGGAAGCUUUCAAAGAGGCUGGGCGUGUGCCAUUCUGUAAGUUUCAUCUAGGAGACAGACCCAUUCCUGUGACGUUCAAGAGAGCCAUUGCUGCUCUCAGCUUGUGGCAAAAGGCCCGUCUUGCCUGGGGUCUUUGCUUUCUUUCAGACCCAAUCAGCAAAGAGGAUGUUGAGAAGUGCAAACAGAAGGACCUGCUGGAACAGACCAUGUCAGAGAUGAUUGGUGAAUUUCCAGCUCUUCACCAGACCAUUGUGGCUGAGCGAGACAUCUACCUCACCCACACACUGCGCCAGGCUACACGCUGUGUGGAAGUUCCUCCCAAUGCCCAGAGAGUGCCUGCUGUUGUAGUUGGAGUUGUUGGAAUGGGUCAUGUCCCCGGCAUUGAAAAAAACUGGGAUGAGUAUCUCAACGUCAGUGAGAUUAUGAGCGUCGCGCCCCCCUCUCAGAUUGGCUGGGUUUUGCGGACAGUCGUGAAAGGCGUCAUGAUGGGAAUGCUGGGAUAUGUCUGCUACCGUGCUGGAGGGAGUUUAGUUAGAGCCGUGCUGUCUUCAUCCACUGUCCGAUCGGUUGUGGACAAUCUACGUCUUUCCCCAGCUUGACCUCACAGGUGAACUGAUAGCCAUCAUUGGCAUAAAGGUUUGAUUCGUGAAAACAGUGCAUCUUUUACCAAUGGCCUUAAACGAGGAGGUUGAAGCUAGAAGGAAAGGGUCGAUCAGCCCACAAGGACCUCUCGGGGCAGAGAUCUCCACGCCUCACUAUGGUACAACUAUGGACAUGGUAGGGCAAUACUGCCAAAGAAACCUACAUGGUACUGUUUUCCCCAUUUGUGAAAAGUCUGUAUAUUUUAGAUUUUAAAAAAUACCAUUAAUUAUUUCUGAAUGCUUGAAAGUUAACUCAUUUUGAUACCUUAUUAAGAAGAUUUUAUUUUACAUUUAAAUAUCAAAUCUGUAAGGCAUCAUCUUCCAGCAAAUAUCCUGAUUAGCAAAUUACACUGAUUUCUCCUCCUCUUUCCUUCCACCAUUCUUGUGCCAGUUUUUGGCAGUUGGCCAGCACUUUAUGAACUAGUUGGGCAAUGUGCGUAAAGGCUCGAGGGAAGGAAAUAUAAAAAUAACGUAAAUUAAUAUACAUAAUAUAUUUUUUCGACCUUUUUUUUAAAUUGGUGAUGAAGUUCUUUACAAAUAUUGAAAUGCCUGUAAUUUAAAAUGCAUAUAUUGGAAGACUGAUUGACAUGACAAAAAUAUUUUCCAUGUUCACAGUCUUGCCUAUGUCAAAAAACAAGUGCCUGUCAAUGCAGCUGCAAGGGUAUAUGCAUUUUUGUCAUUAAUACCAAAUGGUCCAUGUAGAUUUGUGAAAUUAUAAAGUAUUUGUAAAUUGUUAUUACUAUAAUGUAGCAGGUGAUUCAACAUGUUGUUAUAUAUUCAUCUCAAAAGAGACAAUAUAGUGCCCCCCCCACCCCCAUGUUCAAUACAGACCCUUUGCAGAGAAGGCUCAUGUUCCUCAGGGUGAGUAAUGCAUAAAUCAUUAUAUCUGUUAUUAACAUCACCAUCACAGUUUUACAGGAUUUGAGUGGAGCGCAAUUAGAAGGCACGGAUACUUUGGAAUUGAACACAUCAGGCCUCAAUCUCUGGAGAUUCAUUUUUGACUGCUUUUUUUGUAAACCAUCCAAAAUACUGUACAUCUGACCUGUAAUUGACCAGCUCUAUGUACUGUAGUCCUAUAACCCCUUCCAGCUGUAUUUGUCAUCAAAUGCAAAAUGUCAUCGUCUGUGUGGUGAUUUCUCAGUGGACUACCAAUUAAGAGAAACAUAUCUUUCUUUUGCUGCUAGAACUGACCAUUUUGAGUCGGCCUAAAAGGUGAAGCCUUACUCAGCUGUGUCUGCUGCCUUUCAUCUUUUUCUUGCCUCAUGUCAUGGAAUUGUAUUCAUGAUGCAGGUAAUAUCUCAUUGAAUUAAAAAGUCUUAAGGUAAUUUCAUGGUUU